AUGCGCAUGCUCGUGAUUGAAAGAGGGAUGGUGAUCUACAUCUGCUUCUUCAAAGGAGCCACAGAUGACAUCCUACCCAAGAUGGUGUCCACGCUGUUGAACCUGCGGCUGAGCGAGUCGGAUUCUGGGAAGAUGGUGUCAGUGUUGGACCUUCCCGGGAGUUUGCUGAUUGUCCCUCAGGCCACGCUGGGAGGAAAGGCCAAAGGCAGAGGCAUGCAGUACCACAACAACAUCAGCAAGGAGGAUGGGCUGCGACUGUACAGCGCAUUCGUUGCUCUGUGUGAGAAGGAGCUGAAUGCUGCUGUAGCUGAGAGCAGCGCUGAAGUGACAGUAAAACACGGGACCUAUGGUAACAGACAAGUGCUGAAGCUUGACACCAAUGGACCAUACACACAUCUGAUGGAGUUCUGAAGCUGAGCUCACCUUCUCAGAGACAAGAUGUCAUACUAUUGUGUCUACCAAUGCAGCUAGAAAGACUGAUGUACUCGUAUCUGAGUUGUGCAUCUUUCAAUAUAAACAAAAUAAAAGAGAUUUAGAAUU